CACAAAUCUAAAGUAAAGGAAUACAAACACUUCUUCACCCUGUUCAUAAUAAUAGUUCCCUAGAAAUUUUUGUCUUAAAAUGAACAACGUAUUUGAUUUAUGUCUUUAACCAGUUAUUACUAAUUAAACCUACAUUUGCUAUUGCUUAUUAAAAGGAAAGUGCACGUUCAAUGUUUAAAUAAAACGUUAAGAAAAGGCUUAGAGUUAAGCUGUCAAAGAAGUACGGGUCACUCCACCACUCAUCACCACUGUCCGCUGCUGGUCCUUGGUUUGAACAAAAUUAGAGAUGACUGAGUACAGAUACAUGAUUAAUUCAUUUCUUUUUUACUAUUUAUUCAAUAAAUACUGAAUAGGUUCUUUAUUUAAAAGGCCAAAUAGUACUGUUAUUAUAAUAAUGUUUGGACUGGGAAUAAGCAGAUUAGUAAUUAAAAUAUCUGCCAAAGCUGAUGCUCACUUUUUAAAUUCAAGAUUCAACUGGUACUACUGUAUUUAUAGGACUAUUACUACUACUACCAUUAGAAGGUAAUUGAAGCUUAAACUAAUUAUGUAAGUAAUGUUACGAUAAUAUUACUGAAUUAUGCCAAAAUUAAUUAAUAAAAUAUGAUUGUUACAACAAAACUGAAAUUGAAAUUAAAUUUAAUCGGUUUGAGUAGGCCUAGUCAUAUUCAUAGUCACACUAAGGUAGGUCCUAGAGUCAGUGUAGAAUUUUUUUAAAAGCAAAGUAAAGUAAUUUUAGAGGCUACUGAUAAUUAUUUAAGACCACAAAAAAUAACAUCAUGGAUCAUGUUAGAUUGAUACUGUUUGAGUUUGAUAGUGUAUGUGAUUAUACAAAUUAAUAUUAAAUGAAAAAGGAAGUACUUAGGAAAAAUAUGUGACUGUUAACAGAUUAACUUUAACCUUCAUUUGAAAGUCAUACAAAUUUAAUUACUAAAAUUGUAUCAUAACUUACUUUUACUUUUAGGCUUAAGGCCUGUGAUGACCAUUAAACCAUCACUGGCCAACUUUAACUUAAUUUUUUUCAUCACAGUUACUUUACAAAAUUUCAGAUUUUAUGUUUGGCCCAUAUUUUAUAAUUUAUGGUUGAUUUUUUAAAAAAAAUUUUACCUUCUUUUUUUGCUUAUGAGAAUUGUGAUUUUCAUCAUCAAAAAUGUGUAUGAAUAAAAAAUUCAUAAGCAGUAACUUUCUGUACACAAAAAACUGAGAUAACUGCAAACAUGAAAUGAACGCUUGAUUGCUUCAAAAAUAAUUAUUUAUAUUCAUACAUUUAAACUUAACCCUUUCAUUAACGUUGGUUCUGGGGGCAUCAAUUUUUGCUGACUCAUCAAUAAAAAAACUUAUAAGAAGAAAUUUCAGGAAUUUUUUAUUCUCUAUACGAUUCGCUUAUUAACUUCUCUAUAGAUUAAUGAAUAAAGAAAUAUAGCAUUGAAAUAUGACGUCGACGUGACGUCUUUGGUAUUUCAGAAAAGUUCUUUGCCUCUUUGUUAUGACGACAAUGUUAUGUCCUUGGUAAUUGAAAGUGGGUGAUCAUGACGUCAUGUCAACAUCGUGACGUCACAUCGACAUCAUCGGUAACGAAAGGGUUAACUAGUGCCCCUAAUCCCUAAUAUAACUGCUGAUAACUAGUAACUUAUUUUAAUUGGUUAAAUGGUUUUCUUUCAUAUACAAUGGAAAUUCAGUCAUUUCUUGCUAAAGGCACCUGUAUUUUAAAGAAAUAGGUUUUACGUUAUAUUUUUUAAACUAGAAGGAUUUUUCAAUUAAUUGAUUCUAUAAUAAGCAGGAAAAAGCAUUGGAAGUGAUCAUGUAGAGUCCAUUUUCAAAUUAAAAAUUCCUAAUUAUAAAUAUCCCUGAUGAGAAAGUUGCUUUAGAGAACUCAUCCAAGCAAAAAAAGUCAUGAUCAAUUUCGAUAUGCUCUAUCCCAAACAAAGGCCAAAAAUAUGGGACUAACUUUAAGUAUGACUGCAUGAAAUCAGAUUGUAGUGCAUUUUUUAUUACUACUAUUGGUUUAAUUGAUCAGGGAUACAGACUUUUUCAUGAAGUUGGCAGCUGUGAAGUUAUAAAUAGGUUUCAAAUGUAUGUAUAAAUACAUUACUGGUACAGGUACCUUACUUGAAUGUAUUUUUAAAAAAUAAUUGUUGGCUUAAUUAUUAUAAAAAAUGUUAUUCUAAAGUAGUUUACAUUGAGUUUAUUUAGUCUGUUUACUUUUUACAUUUGAUUUUUUUUAAAGAUCUCUUUUAGCCAGCCAUAAAGAUGAUAAAAUUAAUCAGCGAAAAACUCUAGUUAUUUUGGGUACGGGAUGGGGAAGUUACAGUGUUCUAAAAACAGUGAACAAGAAGCUUUAUGAUGUUAUUGUUGUCAGUCCAAGGAAUCAUUUUCUGUUCACGCCUCUCUUGGCUAGCACUACUGUUGGGACAUUAGAGUUUAGGUAAGUAAAUGAUGUACUUGUGAAAAUGUGUUUUUAAGGCAAGACAUUCAAGUUCAUCCACAUUGUCCAUUUCCAUGUUUAAUUAUUUGAUGCCUCAAUUGUGAUGUUCUCUGAGUUAAAAAAAAAAUAUUUAGUGUCAUCAUACUUCAACAUUCAUUAUAAAUAUCCUAUAGUUGAAUAACUUUUUGAAUAUAUAAAUACCAAUUUACUUAUGUCAAUGUUGAUUAGUAAAUCAUUAUUAUUAUCUUUAGGGUACUUAGUUAUACCCUUUUAGUUUGUUUGCAUCAUUCAAAACUUACAGGUGAUCAUUUCUACCACUACCACAAUUAUGCAAAUAUCUCUGCCUCUCUUUUUGAAAGACUUAAAAAUCAUGAGAAACAAUACUCAAUUUUUAAACAUCUCUAAAUUUAAAAGAUUGUAUCACUAAAAAAGUAUGACACAUUUAAAGCAGUUGCUGUAAUAACAGAAAAAGUUAACUAAUGUGUAGCAGACAAAUUCAUGUUGAUUGUGCUCCUUUGACUUGGAUUGCAGGUCCAUCAUUGAACCUGUACGCAAUACAGGGUUUCGAGAGUCUACCCACUAUCAUCUUUCUUACGCUACCAGCUUAGAACCAGAAAAGAAUAAAAUAUACUGCACAAGUGUAUUAAAACCAAGCUUACAGUAUGCAUUGCAUUAUGAUAUAUUAGUGAUUGGUGUUGGAGCUCUCACCAAUACCUUUGGUGUUCCAGGUGUUCAAGAGAAUGCAUUUUUCCUAAAAGUAAUAAUUUCUAAGUUUUCUUAUAACGGUAUGUUAGGAUGAUCCUAUUUAUAGAGAGAAUGAAUAUAUCUUUCCAUUGGUUAUUUAAUGAAAGGCUAAUUUUUCUGGCUAAUUUUUCUCUAUAAUGAUUCAAUAUUUCACUCCUCACUUUUUUUAUAAAAGUAAAGCAUUUAUUUAUUUAAAUUCACUCACACAAAUUUGUAAUCCACCAAUAAUAUUAUAUUAAAUUUAGAAACGAAAUAGAGCUCUUCAGUUUCCAUAUAGUUGUACUUUCAUUAUUUUAACAAAACCUGUUUAAUAAUUUAUUCUUUUCAGGAAAUAGCAGAUGCAAGAAAAAUCAGAAACCGCAUACUAAGUAAUUUUGAGUUAUCAGUACAACCCAAUGUUGACCCUGAAGAGAGCAAGAGAUUACUCCAUAUUGUCAUCGUUGGAGGUGGUCCAACUGGUGUGGAGUUUGGUGCAGAGCUAUAUGAUUUUGUUGAACAGGUUUUUAAUAUAUAAGUAUAUAUUAUCUAUUUAUAUACAAUAAUAAUCUAUAUACGUUAGACAGCAAUAGGAAAUAACAACUGACAUUUUUUUUAAUAGAAGUGCUUCUUAAAUUUCUUUUAUUUCCUAAUAACUUUUCCUGUUAAGGAUGUGGUGCGGCUAUACAAACAGCAAACAGAGCAGAUCAUGGUAACCCUUGUAGAAUCCAAUAAAAUCCUCUCCUCAUUUGAUGCAAGAUUGCAAGCAUAUGCUGAGAAGAAAAUAAAACAAAGAAAAGGAUUCAAUAUUAUGCAAUCAUCCGUAAUUGGUGAGUUAUAUUUAGUACUUAUUAAUGUUUUAGUAGUUUUAUCUGUUCCAGGUUUCCGGUUGACAAGUCUGCUGUGGCUUGCCGAUUAGGGAGCGUCGGCCACCGACCCCCUCGGCGUUUGCCUGGAAACAUAACUACUGGGCACGCCCUGCGUGGGCAGACAAAGGGUGUGCUCUGUACCUGCCGUACAUAAAACAGCUCCCACAGGGCUGCCGGUUGUGAUAUUUCGCAGUCGGAAAGUUAGGCAGAGCCAGGGUAGGGAUCAUGAUUACAAGUUGCCGUUGACGGGUAUGAGGCCAGAGGCGAGGGUGGUAACCUCUGGCCGAGGAUUCAAAUAAUGCAGCCGUGAGAACGCUGCCCCUAGGCAACCGUUUCGUCCCAGCUACAGCGUGAGCUAGUCGCGUUGUGGAAGCCCACUGUGGAAUCCCUCUUAUAGGGCGUCCGACGCUUUCCCGGGAUGGGUGGGGGAAGAUAUUAGGACGUAAAUUUUUCCAUCCCAACUCCUGAGAAAGUCGAUCGAGUGCACUAUUUAAACGCAUAGUGUCGGAUCGACCGGGUGCCUACUGGUUGGGGCGGCCCCCAGGCGGGGUCCUGGUCGAGCGCCCAGGCGGGGGACUUGGGUGAGGGGCCCGUGUGGGGGCCGUCCUGACCAGUGGGCAUCUCCAACGUGCCGCUCCGCGGCCCGAUACGUCGGACUGGGGAGGGGUAAUUUGGGGGGGGGCAAAAGAGUCUAGACUCGCCCCGCUGACCCCAUUUCCUUAUUGUAACAUUUCAGUAGUUUUAUCUUAAAUAUUUCAGAUGUUUUUAGAUGUUUGGAGAUGGCCAUGAUUGUCAUAAUUAAAGAACAUUGUAGAAGAUUUAAAAUGUACAUUCAUUUUAUUUGUAUUAAUUAUAAUUUUUUUUAGAGGUGACCGCAAACAGCGUAAAACUUAGAGAUGGCACAGUUAUCCCAUGUGGCCUUGUUGUUUGGAGCACUGGUCUAGCCCCACGAGAUUUCACAAAAACUCUCAAAUACACAAAAAAUCGAGCUGGUCAGGUAUUUUUUAAUAAUAUUGGAACAGUAUAUUAUACACACAAAGUUUGAGCUAUGUGCAGACCUUUGUAGGGUUAACAAGCCAAAAAUAUUUUUAUUCAAUUUCUGAAAUUUAUUCAAAAGAAGUUUCCCAUUUUAUAAAAUUGGUAGGAUUAUUAUUAUUGGUAUAACUCAGAAUUUUUAAUUUAUUGAAACUUGAAAUUUUAGAUAUUGACAGACAGAUUUCUCAGAGUUAAAGAUGAGCCAAAGAAAAAUGUUUUUGCCAUUGGUGACUGUGGGGACAUUGAAGAGAUGUCUCUUCCUUGCACAGCUCAGGUAAAUAGAGCCAAGUGUUUGCAAAGUUUAUAUUUUAUUUUCAUUAAAAUAAAACGAAUGGAGACUUAUGUUAACUAUAGCCAUUCAAGACAGUCAUUAAGGCAAAAGCAAUCUUUUAAACAUUUGUUUUUAACAUUUUGAGAACUAUUAAAUUGUACCAAUGUAAUUGGCAAUUAAUCUCCAGGUUGCGGAACGUGAAGGACGCUACCUAAGCAAAUUUCUUAAUUUCAAUUGUGAUGAAGAGAAAGUAGGUCCCUUUGAGUUUAAAAGCUUAGGGAUGUUGGCAUAUAUUGGUCGCUAUCAGGGCCUCAGUGAUACCCCACAGUUAAAAUUUAAAGGUAAAUAUUCAUGGGGUAAUUCAUAAACGUUUUUUAAGAUGUACUUCUGAUAAAUGAUAUGCAAUACCGAUACGUCAGCCAAAAUCAAUACAGCUUAAAUUUUGAUGAAUCAGACAGAUCUUUCAUAAAUAGCUGUGUGCUUCAAAUAAGGAAAACAAUAUUAUGGAAUACUGGUACAUUUUCAUGAAGAACUCACAUUUUUCUGUUUAAAAAAAAAAAAGUUAUUAAUAUUCCAUAUUGAUAUUUUACACAAGUAUUUGUUUGAAAUUGUUGGCUCUGUCCAUCUUUAAGACUAUUGUUCUUAUACUCGGACAAUGUGAUUUGAAGGUGUUACUGUAAAAUCAGUUUUAGAGGCUUUAGUUUUCCCUCAGGGUGUUGUAAAUCUGUACAGGUUUAUGGAAAUAAUUGAACUUGAAACUAUUGUAUGUUAAUUGAUAUUUUAAAAAAAAUUAAUUUCAAACUCCACCUUCCAAAAAAAAUAUAUUUAAUUAGUAAAACUAAGAAUACCGUACCCAGGAUUAAAUAUUUUAGUAGAGGAAUUACUCAUUCAUUGACAUUCCUGUUAUAUAAAAUACAUACUUAUGAUUCCUUCUACUUUUUGAAAGGUGUGGCAUCUUGGUUUUUAUGGAGAUCUGCUUAUUUGACUCGCCUUGGAAGCUGGCGCCUAAGAAUGCAAGUGCCUCUUGACUGGACAAAGACAAUUUUGUUUGGAAGAGAUAUUUCUAGGGUAGAAUAACCAAAUAUUUCUAUAAAUUCAAUUGAAUUUUACAAAUGUUAUGAGGAAUUCUUAAUAGUUUUGUCUAUGUCUUUAGCAUGUUCUUGUAUGUUCACAAUUACAGGCUGAAUUAUUUAAAUUUAAAAGAGUAUUACUAUUACCUUAUAUAACUUCUUUCUCUUUAUAAUUUACAGCUAGUGACUAAUUCUUUAUUUAAUGAAUGUUUGUCAGAAGAAAUAAAAGUUAAGUAUACAAAUUUGGUAGCAGUAGCAGUAAAAUAGUUUUUACACUUGUUUGUUAAUUCAAUGCGUCAUCACAAUCACUCACACAUUGGCAUUGUUCUGUGAUCCAGAGGGUUUGACUUGUAUCUUUCAUGUUGGUUUUUUUUUAAUUCCAACUCCCAUUUUUUAAAGUAAGAACAGUGUAUUAAAAGUAUAUUUAAGUCACCUCGAAUCGUUAAAACAACAUCGAGUUUACCUUAUUCACAAUGUUAUUCUUUUAUAUGUGAUUGGAUGCUUACUACACAAUUUAUUUUAUGAUGUAGGCCUACAAUGUACCUUAUCAACAUUAUUGUAAAUCAUUUAUAAAUAAAUUUGUGGGUUUCU